AUGAGCAGGUGCUGCCCGCUUGUCGCCUCCGUCCUGAGGGGGCUCCUCGGCUCCGCUUUCCUCUACCUGGCGCGGAACAUGAGCCUGCGCGGGGCGGCGGCCGACACCUGCGUGGCGGGGCCCUCGGGGGGCGGCGGCGGCGGGGGCAACCGCGGCCUCCUGGCCGGCGCCUCCGCCGCCUGCCUCUCGUCGUCCCCCCGGCCGAACCUGCCGUGGCUGCGGCUGCCCGAGGUGCCGGGCGCCGAGCCCUGCAAGGCCAACGACGUGCUGCUCUUCGUGCCCCCGCCCGCCCCCCGCCCGGCGCUGCCCCAGCAUCACGUCAUCUACUUCCCCGGGGACGUGCAGAACUAUCGUGAAGUUAUGGUUUGCCAUCCAGAAAACUUCCAGUGGGAACGCUGGUGUUUAGAAAACAUCGCUGCUAUCCUUGGCCAUCGUUUCCCCAGCAGCUACAUCUGGGUUAUAAAAUGUUCUCGGAUGCAUUUGCACAAAUACAGCUGUUAUGACAACUUUGUGGCCAGCAAUAUGUUUGGAGCGCCCGAACACAGCACAGAAUAUGGAGCUUUCAAACACCUCCACGCGCUGCUGGUUAACGCAUUUAAAAUUGCGCAGAAUGUUCUGCUUUCCCAGAAGACCACGCACAGUUUCAGUAAGGACGAAAAAGUCACACCUUACAAAUCCCCCACUCCUACUGCCAACGGAUGUCCCGCAACAGAAAAGGAGCAAGGCUGUGAACGCUUCAGCAAUUCAACCGUGAACUUUAUUGAACCUUCCAUGAUUGGUGGAGUGUCCUUCACUUUAAUAGGUUUCAGUAAAGGUUGUGUGGUCUUGAACCAAUUGCUUUAUGAAAUAAAGGAAGCCCAACAGGACAAGGACAUAGAUGCCUUCAUAAAAAACAUACGAGCCAUCUACUGGCUGGAUGGCGGUCAUUCUGGAGGAAGCAACACGUGGGUGACCUGUCCUGACGUGCUGGAAGGAUUUUCACAGACGGGGAUUGCCAUUAACGUGCAUGUCACACCGUACCAAGUAUCUGAUAGUAUGAGGUCAUGGAACGGAAAAGAGCACAAGAGAUUUGUACAAAUUCUUGAGGAGUUGGGUGUGAACGUCAACAGCCAGCUUCAUUUCGCCGACGAAGCCCCUUCCUUAGACAACCACUUCAGAGUCCACGAAGUGUUCUGACACUGUGAAUGUAUCCCAUUAUUAUAUUAA